AUGGGUAGAGGCCCAGAAAAGCACACAAACAUGGAAAUUGAUCUCUCUUUGAAGAUAGAUUCUGAUCAUGAACAAAACGCACAAGUAGAUGUGCAAGUGAAAGACUCUGACGAGGAAGAAAUGGCACAGAUUCCGGAUAAUAACAAGGAAGAAGUCCCUGAAGCUACAGCUGGUGAAAUAGAAGAUGAUGCAUCAGUGGUAGAGACAUCUUUGCAAGAUAACACAAAAACAAAAGAGUUAAGUGUCCUACAAAUGGAGAUGGAGAGCAUGAAGGAGGAGAACAAAGUUCUGAGGAAAGUUGUAGAGCAAACAAUGAAAGACUAUUAUGAUCUGCAGAUGAAAUUCUCAGUUAUCCAGGAAAACAAUAAAAGAAAGGAUCAUGAAAUUUCUCUCUCACUUCAAAACCUUUCGACCACCAACGGCGAAGGACCAUCGAGAAUUCUUGAGAUCUUUAAUAAGAAAAUUCAAAGUGCUCCACCUCCUCCAAAUACUGAUGCUGAUAGUUUAAGCGAGAGUGAAUUGGGUUUAUCACUGACCUUGCAACCAAGCACAAGUCAAAAAGAAAGUGAUGUGGGAAACAAGGAAGACAGAAAAGAUCAAGAAUUGCCAAGUUUUGCAUCAGUGCAGAGCAAACUACAGCGGACACAUGAGUUACCCGGAAUUACUACCCAUGCUAUCUCCCCUCCAAACAGAAAAGCUAGGGUUUCGGUUCGAGCAAGAUGUGAAGCUGCCACAAUGAAUGAUGGGUGCCAAUGGAGAAAAUAUGGACAGAAAAUUGCGAAGGGAAAUCCAUGUCCACGAGCCUAUUAUCGUUGCACUGUAGCUCCAGGUUGCCCGGUUAGAAAACAGGUGCAAAGAUGCAUAGAUGACAUGUCCAUUCUUAUUACAACCUAUGAAGGGACACAUAACCAUCCACUCCCCGUGGGUGCAACUGCUAUGGCUUCUACAGCUUCUGCAGCAGCUUCCUUCAUGCUGCUAGAUUCAAGCAACCCUAUUUCGGAUGGUGCCUCUAGUUUCACUCAAGCACCCCUUACUUACAACACCUUCCAUCAAACUUCAAACUUUAGGAGCAUAAACCCUAGUGAUCCAUCCAAAGGGAUUGUUCUUGAUCUCACUAGCAACCUCAGUGAACCACUACGUUUUUCUACUGGUAGCUCCUCCAAUACCACAACUGAUACUCGCUUUUCUUGGAUGUCAAACAAAUAUCAAGGUGGUGGUGCAAUGGCAGUGAACAACAAUUUUCACAAGCCUAGAGCUGUGGAUAUUCACGAUAGAAUUUGGAAAGGAGAAGAAAGCAAGCCACUAGAUGACAAUGUGUCUGCAAUUGCCUCAGAUCCUAAGUUUAGGGUUGCUGUUGCUGCAGCCAUAACAUCUCUCAUGAAUAAAGAGAGUCACACUGCUACUCAUCCUAUAGGGACUUCCUUUGGUCCUAGGAGUGGCCAAAAUGGUAGCUAG